AUGUAUGAGGCCCCUGUGGGAGGUGAACCUGUCUCGGCUGAGAUGGUUGACUUGACUGAGGCGUUGGUGGAUAUGGUGAUUGAGGAUUCCCAGCCCUUUUCCAUUGUGGAGGGAACUGGCUUCCGAAAGCUUGUGAAAGCUUUGGCACCAUCUUGUGUUCUUCCCACGCGGCAGACUUUGAAAGCCAUGGUGGAGAAGAGAUACAGGGAAGCCAAAGACAAGGCCAAAGUGGACAUUCUUCAGGUGGGGCUGCACGAGAGCAAUCAGCUUCUUCACCUCAUCCAAGUGUUCAGCAGCCACGUCUGA